AUGUCACAUUUACGAAGACCAAUCCUCUUCCGACCUGAUGCGAAACGCUGGACAGCGCCCGCCGCUAAAGAUGCUACGGAACUAGCCUUCAAGUUCCAUCAAAGUCUUCCUCAAUAUCAACCUUCACCACUGGUGUCGCUGGACAAGAUUGCUGAGGAGCUUGGUAUCGGCGCCGUCUUUGUGAAGUACGAGGGCAAUCGCUUUGAUCUUCCGUCGUUCAAAAUACUAGGCGCCUCGUGGGGUACUUUCCGCGUAGUGUGCCAGAAACUUGGAAUUGGAGCAGAAGCAAGCCUUGAGAGAGUGACGAAGGCCUUGGCUCAUGAGAACUUCACCCUCUACGCCGCCACCGAUGGCAAUCACGGGCGGGCAGUAGGCCGCAUGGGCGCGAUCCUCGGCAUUCCUGUCGAGAUCCAUAUUCCUGCAAGCAUGCCUCAGCCUACGGUCGAGCUCAUCGAAAAAGAAGGUGCUCGGAUCGUCCGCUCUGAUGGGAGCUAUGAUGAUGCGAUUGCCGCUGCUUAUGCGGCAGCGACAUCGACGUCCCAAGGUCUAUUUAUCCAAGAUACCGCCUUUAGUGGCUAUGAGGAAAUACCUACGUGGAUUGUCCAGGGCUAUCAAACCAUGCUGUUAGAACUGGACAGCCAGCUAGGAGGUCGUAACGCUGACCUUGUCAUAUGCCCGGUCGGUGUUGGAUCUUUUGCUCAGGCAGUUGUCUCGCAUGUGAAGCAAGACGGCAGAGCCACCUCUAUGGUGACUGUUGAGCCAGAUAGCGCUGCUUGCUUGUGGAAGUGCUUGCGCAAGGACCAAUUUGCCCCAAUUGAGACUUCGCCUACCAUCAUGGCAGGUCUGGACUGUGGUACAGUUUCCACGACUGCAUGGCCGCUUCUCCAGAGUGGCGUCGAUGCCAGUUUGACGGUAUCUGAUUAUGAGUCGCAUGUGGCAGUUGAGGAGCUUAGGGCAACGGGUGUCCUCGCUGGCCCAUGUGGCGCAUCCCCUUUGGCGGCUCUUCGUCGUCUUAGCGACCAAGAUAAAGAAAGCCUCGGUCUCACCAAGAGUUCAACAGUUGUUCUACUCUGCACCGAAGCCUCGCGAGAAUAUCAUGUUCCUCUCGAUGUGUCUUCUGAUGAUCCCGUUGCUCUAACACAAACGCUUGUUCAAAUCGAUUCGUCCAACCCAAGUUUAGGUUCCACACCAGGACCUGGUGAAACUGCCGUGGCUCGGUACAUCACACACUGGCUAGAGCACCGCGAUAUUGAGAAUCACAUGGUAGAGCCAACGCGCGGCCGCCCGUCCAUCGUGGGUGCCGUUCGUGGAAGCGGUGGAGGGAAGAGUCUCAUGUUCAAUGGCCACAUUGACACAGUCACGAUACUGGGUUACGAUGGAGAUCCGCUAAGCGGCAAGAUUGCAGAUGGGAGACUCUACGGUCGCGGAUCUGCAGACAUGAAAUGUGGUGUGGCAGCUGCCAUGGUAGCACUGGCAAGAUCAAAGACGCUGGGUCUGCGUGGUGAUGUUAUUUUUACGGGAGUUUCUGACGAAGAAGCAGCAAGCAUCGGGACAGAAGAAGUUCUGGCAGCUGGUUGGAGAGCUGACGGUGCGGUUGUCAGUGAGCCUACUAAUCUCAAAAUUGUCAACUCCCACAAAGGUUUUGUUUGGAUCGAGGUUGAUAUCCAUGGAGUUGCGGCACAUGGGUCUCGUGCAGACUUGGGAGUUGAUGCCAUCUGCAAGGCUGGCUAUUUCCUCGUUGCUCUAGAUCAAUAUGCGAAACAUCUGGAGGCGAAUGUCAUUGAUCCUAAAGUCGGUCCUGCGUCAGUUCAUGCGUCGUUGAUCAAAGGCGGGGAGGAAGCUUCAUCCUAUCCAGCUCGAUGCACAAUAACGAUUGAGCGCAGAACGAUUGCAGGCGAGACAGCCGGCCAAGUCGAGCAAGAGAUCCGGUCUUUGCUGGAGAAAAUCGCAAACCAGGAUGCCCAAUUCAAGUACGAUCUGAAGGUCACCUUCGAACGCUCUCCUUAUUCCCUGGCCUCAGAUCAUCCGUUCGCCUCGUUGGUCCAUCACCAUGUUGAGCAGUCCCUGGGAGAGGACGUAUCCUUCCAUGGAGACACAUUCUGGACGGAUUGCGCCCUGCUUGCGGACGCUGGAAUACCCGCGCUUCUCUGGGGACCACUCGGGGAAGGCUUGCAUGCGAAGGAAGAGUGGGUAGACGUGGCGUCAAUCCAUACUGUGUCUCAGACAUUGACUUCGAUUGCUCGCCAAUUCUGUAGCUAG